UGCUUUUGCCUCCAAAAAUCACUCUUUAUAGUUCCACAAUUAUUUUCUUCGUCUUUUCCCCAUUCACAAUUAUUUUCUCCGUCUUCGUCUUUCCAAUGGGAAAAUAUUAUUUUAGCUUUGAAUAAAAGGAAACUCUGCAUUUCCUACUUUCAUCAUUAAUCCUUCCCAUUUGCCCAUCAUAUCCACACACACACUAUAUAUACAUGUAUAUGGAUUUCAUAGUUCAAUAUUCUAAAAAAUUACUACUGUCAAAAUCAAGCCAAAAAAUGCAAAAAUCUCCCCAUUUUCUCAUCCUUGCGCUACUCUUACCAAUCCAUUAUUUGAUGGAUUAUAACUCAGCCAAAAACGAUAUCAACACCGAUCGUUCUUCACUUCUCGCCUUAAAAUCCCAAAUCACAUUAGAUCCUCAAAAUAUAUUGACCCAAAAUUGGAGCACUAAAGCCAGUGUUUGUAGUUGGAUAGGAGUUACUUGUGAUUCACGUUACAAUAGGGUGACUCAGUUGAAUAUAUCGUACAUGGGUCUUGUCGGAACCCUCCCACGAGAAAUCGGGAAUCUUUCUUUCCUUGUCUCUUUAGACGCGAACGAGAACUACUUUCAUGGCUCCAUUCCCCCAUCUAUCUUCAACAUGUCAUUUCUAGAAGUUUUGGAACUAAAGUAUAAUAGUUUGUCUAGUAGUUUACCUCUUGAUAUGUGCACACACAAUCUGCAUAGACUCAAGAGGCUUCGUAUAUCUUACAACGUGUUGUAUGGGGAAAUACCAUCGAGUUUGGGGCAUUGUUCACAGCUUGAGUAUCUUUCUUUGUACAAUAACAAUUUCACUGGAUUUGUGCCGACAGAAAUUGGGAACUUGACCAAGCUUCAAGAGUUGUACCUUGGUGAAAAUAAGUUGACUGGUCCAAUACCAUCUACUAUUGGAAACCUCUCUAAUUUGCAAGACUUACAUCUUAGUUCAAACAAAUUUAGUGGUGAUAUUCCGAAAGAGAUUGGUUAUCUUAAUUAUUUAGAGGUAUUGAGCAUGAGCGACAACAAUCUCAGUGGACGAUUACCAAGACAACUUUGGAAUGUCACGACUCUUCGUGAAUUAUACAUUGCCAACAUCUCUUUAAGUGGUGGUAUUCCGAAAGAGAUUGUUUAUCUUAAUAAUUUAGAGACUUUAGACAUGAGUGGCAACAAUCUUAGUGGACCAUUUCCAAGACAAAUCUUGAACAUCACAAGUCUCCGUCAACUAGACCUCAGCUACGCCUCUUUAAAUGGUCCAAUACCAUCCACCAUUAGGAAUCUAUCGAAUUUGUGGUGGCUAGACCUCUCUUCCAACAAAUUAAAUGGUCCAAUACCAUCCACCAUUGGGAAUCUAUCCAAUUUGCGGUUGCUACAACUCUUUUCCAACAAAUUAAAUGGUCCAAUACCAUCCACCAUUGGGAAUCUAUCAAAUCUAUCAUACCUAGACCUCUCUUCCAACAAAUUAAAUGGUCCAAUACCAUCCAUUAUUGGGAAUUUACAUUUAAUUGUAUUACAACUUUCUUCCAACAAGUUAAAUGGUGAGCUUCCAUUCUCACUAUGCAACUUGACAUCCCUUGAAUAUCUUCUUCUCUCAAGUAACAGUUUGGAAGGGACAGUUCCACAAUGCUUUCGAAACUUGAGCAAAUCAUUGUCCAUAUUUCAUUUAAAUGCAAAUAACUAUAGUGGCCCCAUUCCAUCUAUAUUUAUCAAAGGGUGUAGUCUUCAGUCCAUCAAUUUGAGUGGUAAUAAAUUGCAAGGAAGAUUACCUAAAUCCUUAAUCAAUUGCAAAAGUCUCAAGGGCUUUGACCUCGGAAAUAAUAGAAUACAAGACGAAUUUCCCUUUUGGAUGGAAGCUCUUCCUGAGCUUCAAGUGCUCGUCUUGAAAUCUAACAAGUUUGAUGGUAACAUGUCGUUGGCUUCACGAAGCAACCUUCCAUUUCCUAAGUUGCAAGUUUUAGAUAUAUCUGACAAUGAAUUUGUGGGGUCUCUCCCUCAAACAUAUUUCAAGAACUUUAGAGCAAUGAUGGAUGUGAAGGAAAAUAAGACAGAUCUAAUUACAAGUAGUGAUGAUCAGACCUUUCAAGCUUUCCUGGAGAUGACAGUCACCUUGAAAGGUUUGGAUCAGUUAUUGACGAGACUGUUGAAAACCUUUACAACCAUUGACUUAUCCUCCAACAAUUUCUCUGGUAGUAUUCCAGAUUCCAUAGGUAAUCUGAAUUCUUUGAGAUACUUGAAUUUAUCCCACAAUAAUCUCAUGGGACACAUACCUGCAUCUCUUGGAAAUAUAAGUGUGCUUGAAUCAUUGGACGUAUCAUGGAACAAAUUGGAUGGAGGUAUUCCAAGUGAACUGACAAGCUUGACAUUUCUUGCGAAAUUAAACCUGUCAAUGAAUAAUCUAGUGGGGCAAAUACCACAAUCUACUCAGUUUUCCACAUUUGAGAAUGAUUCAUAUGUGGGAAACUUGAGAUUGUGUGGAUUUCCGUUGACGAGAAAAUGCAACGACGUGAAUGGGCAUGGGAUGAAGCCACAAGAAGAUGAGUUCGGAUUUAUAGAUGGAUUUGGAUGGAGAAGUGUGGUGAUGGGAUAUGGAAGUGGAUUCAUAGUUGGAAUUGGAAUUGGUUACAUUAUCAUUAGAAAAGCAAGGCCAAGAUGGUUGGUGGAAUUCUUUUUUGGUGUUGGAUAUACAUACAAGAAGAACAAGAACAAGAAGAAGACAAGGAAGAGAGCUACUCCAACACAGAGGAGAAGUUGAUUCAAGACAAAUAUAUAUUUUGAGCUUUUCUUUCUUGCUUUUUUGUUCUUUUCCAGACAUCAGAUUGUUGUUUUAUGAUUGCUACUUGUGAGUUUGUG